ACAAAGCGGGAGUGGGGCCGUGAGCACGCCACCGGGAAGACGGGCGUCUGAAACGGGACCGGAAGAUGAGUCUCCUCAAGGAGCGGAAGCCCAAGAAGCCACACUACAUCCCCAGGCCACCGGGGAAGCCCUUCAAGUACAAAUGCUUCCAGUGCCCCUUCACCUGCAACGAGAAGUCGCACCUGUUCAAUCACAUGAAGUACGGCCUCUGCAAGAACUCCAUCACUCUGGUGUCAGAGCAGGACCGCGUGCCCAAAUGCGCCAAGUCCACCUCUGCGGACCCCAAGCAAACGAGCCCAGCAGAUGUCACGGCCAAGCCGGCAUCCUCCAGGACAGCCACAAACGGACUCGCGAACUUCGACCCCAAGCUGCAGCCCAGCUUUGCCAAAGAAGAUGUCAAGGAAAACCCAGGGCUGCACGCACACGUGUCCCACAAGCCACCAACACAGAAGCCAGCUCUGCGUAAGGACGCAGCGCCAAGGAGCCCAGCUCCCGAUGCUGGCACCCAGCCUGUCCUGGAGGGCAUGGGCCGGCCAUCUGCCUUCGUUCCCGUUGGAGAGCACAGACUGAAGGGGCCUGAGCACCCUGAGGUCCCGGAGAUGCUGGCGCUGCCGAGCCCCGCCGCCAAAGCUGCCUCUUUUCACACCAAGUCAGCAUUCCACGCGCCCGGCUACCCCUGGAAGGCGGGCUCACCCUUCCUCCCGCCCGAGUUCCCACACAAAAUACCGUCCACUAAGGCCUUCGGCUCCAUCUCCCCCUAUGCGCAGCCCCCCCUCCCAGAGUACUCCCCACACUUCUACACAGAACAUGGACUGGCCACCAUCUACUCUCCCUACCUGCUGCCCGGUACCCCACCUGAGGGCGACAGCCCCCUGCUAUCAUCGGUCUACGGGGCCCAGGACCAGAGACACUUCCUCCCGCUCCCCGGGCCAGUGCCCAAGCACCUGAACACACCUCCGUCAACAUAUGACCACUACAGGCUCUUCCAGCAGUACCACACAAGCCUGCCCCUCCCCUGCGGAUUUUACAGGCCGGACUCUACCUUCUCCUCCUACGGUCUCAAGCUUCCGCACGUGGCUGGAAUUGCACGAGACCACGGCGCCCACCUGCUGGAGGAGACCACCCUGGUCUACCCGGCCCUGAGUCCGUCCAAGUUAGCCCCUCUGAGUUCCCACAAGAAGCACACAGAGUUUGGGAAGGAAAGCCCUGGUCCCCAGGCCAAGGACGCCCCCAAAGAUGGGCAGAGGGAAGCGGAGGGGGCCAAGAUGAGCCCCCGGGCGGGCAGUGCGGCCACUGGCUCCCCGGGAAGGCCGAGCCCUACCAACUUCACGCAGACGAGCCAUACAUGCGAGGGCCUGUACGACCUGUCGAGUAAGCCGGCCCCCAGCCCCAUGGGGAGACUGCACCUGCCCGAGCAGACCCUCACGGCCUUCAAGCCCGUGAAGAAGUGCACAGACUGCCCAAGUCCACAGACGCUGGCACACAGGGCUGGCUCUCCAGGAAGCCUCGAGGCGGCGAACCAAGAACCCCCUUCUCAGACUGGAAGCACCUCUGACAGCGCUGAGGCCGUGCCUCCCGGCCCACAGGACGGCUCCAGUAUAGCCCCACUGAACCUUUCCAAAAAGCCAGAGACAAAGCCGGCGCCAGCAGCUCACGGACACGCGUACGGAGACACGCCCCCUGCAGACAUGCAGGACUUCCCCGAGCUGCAGGAUAUGCCCCUCAACCUCUCCGUGAAGGAUUCCUGCAACGCCCUGAUGCCGAGACCGUCCUUCCACAGCCCUCCGCAAGACGCAGGGCCUGCUGCCACUCACAAGACGGCCACAGACAGCCCCCAGGAGGGGCCACCAGACAGCGAGACGAGCUCCGACGGCCCAGCAGGGGUGCCGGCAACAGCGCCCCCCAGCGGGAGGGCCUCGGACGAGCGCGCGGUGGACAGCAGUGACGAGCAGAAGCAAACAGCCGCGGUAGCCCUCUGCCAGCUGGCUGCCUACAGCCCAGGGAAGGCCAGAGUGGACAGCGAGAAGCACAGUGCCCAGGGGCCCCCUGCUGAGCAGGAUGCACCCACGCUCGGUGCCAAGGAGAGCCGGGACGUCCAGAGCAGUGCACUCAGGCCCAAAGGACAAAAGAGGACAGGACAGAAGGACUCAGGGAAGUCCCAGCCAGGAGCAAAGAAAGCCAAGCCCAACGACACGGCCAGGGUGCUCACACUGAGGAGACGGGCCCGGUGCCUCAAUGCCUGA